UGAUGUCAGAAUAAAUACUCUUAUAUCGCGAGAUCUUGUGACGUCAAAUUCGAGAGAGAGGAAAAUGUCGCUAGCGAGCUUUUUACCGGCGCCUACGCAGCUGUCCCAGGACCAGCUGGAGGCCGAGGAACGGACCCGGACCAAGAGGUCUCACUCCACGGCACUCGUGUCCUCCCGCAGAGAACCACCCCCCUAUGGCUUCAGAAAAUCAUGGGUCCCCCGCUCACUGGAGGACUUUGGAGAUGGAGGUGCUUUUCCAGAAAUCCAUGUUGCCCAGUACCCAUUGGAAAUGGGUAGGAAGAAGAAGACCUCCAAUGCCUUGGCAGUGCAGGUGGAUGCAGAGGGCAAGAUCAAGUAUGAUGCCAUUGCCAGGCAGGGCCAGGGCAAAGACAAGGUGAUCUUCAGCAAAUACACAGACCUACUUCCUAAGGAAGUCUUGAACGACGAUGCCCCAGAGCUUCAGAGGCCUGAUGAGGAGGCAGUGAAGGAGCUCACAGAGAAGACGCGCGCUGCACUGGACAAGCAGGUCUCACAGAAGAUUGCCGCUGCCAUGCCUGUGCGUGCAGCAGAUAAGCAGGCCCCAGCACAGUAUAUUAGGUACACACCUUCACAGCAGGGAGUGGCAUUCAACUCGGGAGCCAAGCAGCGAGUCAUUCGCAUGGUGGAGAUGCAGAAGGAUCCCAUGGAGCCUCCACGCUUCAAGAUCAACAAAAAGAUUCCUCGUGGACCCCCAUCCCCUCCUGCUCCAGUCAUGCACUCCCCCAGCAGGAAGAUGACCGUGAAAGAGCAGCAGGAGUGGAAGAUACCUCCAUGUAUCUCCAACUGGAAGAACGCAAAGGGUUACACGAUCCCUCUGGACAAGCGCUUGGCUGCAGAUGGAAGAGGCCUGCAGACGGUUCAUAUCAAUGAGAACUUUGCUAAGCUGGCAGAGGCUUUGUACAUAGCAGACAGAAAAGCCAGAGAGGCGGUGGAGAUGCGUGCCCAGGUGGAGAAGAAGAUGGCGCAGAAGGAGAAGGAGAAGAAAGAGGAGAAGCUGCGCGAGUUGGCUCAGAUGGCUCGCGACCGCAGGGCUGGGAUCAAGAGUCACGGAGACAAAGGUGGCGAAGAUGGCGAGACCAGGGAGCGUGACGAGAUCCGCCACGACAGAAGGAAAGAGCGGCAGCACGACAGGAACAUCUCCCGGGCCGCGCCCGAUAAAAGGUCCAAGCUGCAGAGGGACCAGGACCGAGACAUCAGUGAGCUCAUAGCUCUGGGCCAGCCCAACCCGCGCACCUCCAGUGAGGCCCAGUAUGACCAGCGGCUCUUCAACCAAAGCAAGGGAAUGGACAGUGGCUUUGGUGAUGAUGACCAGUACACAGUGUACGACCAGCCCUUCAGGGGAGACAGGUCAAUGGCCCAGAACAUCUACAGGCCUAGCAAGAACACGGACAAGGACAUCUAUGGGGACGAUGUGGACACCCUUAUGAAGAACAACAGGUUUGUGCCGGAUCGUGAGUUCUCUGGUGCAGACAGUGGGCCUCGCCGGGACGGACCCGUCCAGUUUGAGGAGGAUCCCUUCGGUCUGGACAGGUUCUUGGAGGAGGCCAAGCAGCACGGUGGCUCCAAGAGGCCCUCCACCAGCGGCCGCUCCAAGGACUACGACCACGAGAAGAAGCGCAGGAAGGAGUGAGCAGCACAGCCUAGCCAACGCCCUGGAGAGACGUCCACACCUCCAUAGCAUCUCUACUUUGUGUGUUGUUAUAGGACCUGAGCCCGCCCAUGGGAAUACCAAGGACUUCUUGUGCUGUUACCUCGGAGUAGAUCUUUUUUCGCUCCACGUGCUCCAUUGUCACACGUGGCUACUGAACCGAAUCGUAAAAUGUGUAUUUUAAGUCAAAACGCUCUGUAGUUGUUUGUAAGACAAAUACAUCCCCCAUCCCUAUCUUAUCAUUCCUGUUCUUUAAAUAUUGUUUUCAACAGUAGGUAUAUUCUUUUGGAUUCCCCGCAUAUAACCAUGUGUUUCUGUUUAAGUGUUGAUGGAAUGUCUGAAACUCCUUCCCUCACCCAAUAAAUUUGUACAUGGAAAGGCCA